AUGGCUCCCAAGAGGAAGCGAAAGGACGAUCCAGAUGAUGGGGAGGGGCCGCCGCCGAUCUGCGGCCUCCGCGCCAUCUCAGGCCCCAUCUUCGUUUCGAAGGGCGCUGGGAAAAGAGGCUGCCAGAUCGGCCCGAAGCAGGAGUUCGGACUGCCGCCCCAGCCCGUCGACGGGAAACCUCCCAAGAAGAAACCCAAUAUCGGCUGCGGCAUCUGCGGCGAGAAGACGAAUGCCAUGGAGACAGCGUGUAAGUGCGGGAAGUGCUCUGGGACGCACAAGUUCGCGUUCCCUUUUUGGGGCUGGGGCACGCUGACCGACCAGUGCCGCAGCAACGAGAAAGUGAAGGCUGGCUUUGACAACUCGCACCACAUUCUGCACAAGCAAGGCGGCGUGAAACCAGAGAUGGAGAACGUCUUCGUGCAGGUGGGCCCUGGCCAGCCGCGCACCGUCGUGAACAUCUACCGCCGCAGGGGGCUCAACCACUCCAUGCUGGCGAUGCCUACAGGUCGGAGAUUGUCCCCCCAGCAGGGCGCUAUCCACAUGCAGUCCUUGAUUGAUAACCGUUGCGCGGACCUCAGGGCUCUCUUCAACGCGCCCACUCACGAGGGCAUCCUGUGUAGGACCCAUGACAAGGCGACGGUCGAGGAAAUCGCGGCAAAAAACGAGGCCCUCAAGUCCAGGAGUUCGGGUUCAGCGCCGCCGAGUUUGCCGCCGUCGGGGCCAUCUUCGGAAUCGGUGGUGGCCUUGGCCGAUGGGGCUGCGGCUGCAGGGCCGACGGAGGCGGCGAGCGUCCACAAGGCGACCGACCCAGGCGAGCCCAGGGGCCCGCCAGCCUCCACGCCUGUGAAGAUGAAUGCGACUGCUCUGUCGCAGCUCGAGGGCUCCUCGCCUGGUGGUGCUUGUGGCGGUGGCUCGGUGGUCUCCAGCGUGAAGGCCAGCAGCUUUGACGAUGGCGAGGCCAUGGAGGAGGGGUCGGAGGGAACGGACAAGGAGACGAGCUGGACCACCGACCGAAGGCACGCUAUGCACAAUUGCAAGAUCCACAGAUUGCUGGCGGGGAAGAAGGUGGGGCACACGGUGCGCCAGCACAGGGACAACGUGAGCAAGCAUGCGGAUGAUCCAGACCACAGUGUGGCUUCGACGUGGUUGAACCUAGCAGAGAGGUGCAAGGUUGCUGGCGACCAGAAUGCGAAGAUCAUCAGGACGAUAAACGGCGACGAGUUGGCGAAGCUCGCAGAUGACAUCGACAAGAACGUCCCCACAGUCCCCGCGGGGUUCCAGCGCGCGUUGCGGGAGAGGGCGCUCGAGGACUGGAAGAACGACCAGGAUUGGGCAUCCAAGCCAGGACAUGCGAUCGCUAUGUGUUUGCCGUGGCCUCGCGAGAUCGGGGACGUUGAGAAUGUUGUUAAGUUCGAGUGCGCGGCCCCGACUCUAGCGUUGAUGGCUCUUUCUGUUCCAGAGAAGGCUGCGAAAUUCAAGGGCUACCUGUGCAAGAUCCUCCUUUCGCGCUUCUUGCACCUCGGGAAGGAUGGGCACCAGAAGACCAUGGAGCCCGUUGCCGCUGCGAUGGGCGAAAUCAAGGCGAUGCCGAUGACCUGCGAGAUCGAAGUCGAUAACGCUGCUGCUGAGGUCGUAACGAUAUUGCAGCUGAUGAAUACGCUUGGGCAGCAGGCCGAAGAUACGCUAAACCUGGCGGCAGUGGCGCAGCUGGGCAAAUCUAAAUCCACUACAGUCGAGGGCGCCGUCUACGCCGUCGUGUCGAAUGAGCCGUACUGGAAGCUGAAAGAACCGCCGACUUACAAGACCCUCAGUAGCAUCAUGAAGGAUCUGCCCAUCAUCAAAGCGGUGCUCCCAGAGGUGGAGUGCAGCUCCUUCUUCCAGGUAUCGCGCGGUGCCAUGGGCCGCUUCUUCGAUCACAUCGGUGCCCAUGUGAAUGCUAACCCGCACGAGGCAACCGACGAGUUCAGUGAUAAUGUAGAGGCUCUUUCGAAGAAGGCGGCUGUCACCUUCGGUUUUCACUCGGCCUGGUCUGAGGCAGUUGGUACGAUCAACUCUUGCAGGUCUCAUAAUAAUGGGAAGAACCUCGUCAUGCAUUUCUGCGGUAAGCUCGGGGUGUUCAACUUAGUCGUCCUCGUCUUUGGAUUGUCUCAGUUUGACAAGAUCGAGGGCCUGAAGGAUCUAGUUCCAGAGCCGCCCAUGCAGCAGUUCAUAUCUUUCACGAAACAGGCAGUGGAGUGGGUCACAAAUAAGAGGUGGGUUUCUACAGCAAGCGCAUGGCUGGAGUGGUCAUGCGUCUCUCCUGUGGGGUCUGGUUUCAAGUCCUUCGAGCAGUUGGUUGGCAGAGCGAAGUUGGCAAGGACUUUAGCGGGGGCAAUGGCGACCAUCGUGCCACAAGAUCCGAGCAGCGACUUCUCUGACGCUGACGCCGCCACUGCCCCCGAUCACUCAGCUGAUGCUUCCUUGGGCCUGCUCACGCAGUACGAGGCAUUGAAAGAGGCGACCCCCGAGGACGAUGCAGCUGCAGUGGAUGACACGUUCAUGGAGACGCUGGCGGCAGAGUCGGCGGCCCUCAAGCACGCACUCUUCGGCGCGAAACGGGCUGUGCUGGAGGCGAUGCUCCUGUCUGAGAGCGUGAGCGUGCUUCUGAGCAAGCUCAAGGGUGGUUUACUGGACAAGGGCUGGCGCGACGGGGUCAGCCCUUCGAUUGCAUUCGACGCCUUGCUUGACAUGGCGGGUGACUUCCUCAAGAGCAUGCCCCACGACCCCCUCAAGGCUGAGGUCGAAGCGCACAUGCAGUUGAAGAAUCAACUCGGCGCUCUCACUACAAAGUUCAGCAUCGACGUGACUAACAGCGCCGAGGUGGACCUCGCCCUGGCAAACUUGCAGCGUGCUGCGACGACGGUGCUCGAGUACGCAGUUGUGUACGGAGCGAGCAAAAUCAAGGGCAACGCUGUGGUACUCAAGACAUAUUUCAUGACUGUGGAAAAGAACAGGAGAUGGCUUGACAAAUGCGGCUCGGUCGUGCAUCUGUCUUGCCUGUCGAACACAGGCUGA